AUGUACUCCCAUUACGAACAACGACAAGAAAGAACUUCGCAUGAAUAUGACCGAGUUGGCGAUUCGUACGAUAGUACAGCAUCAGGAGGAACAACAACAUCAACUUAUCGAACAGCGAUUACGCCGCGUGUCAUCAAUAUUUCCCAACGACCACGGCAAUCGGCCUUUGGGGGAUCCGGUGGUGGUGUUAUGACACGGGUAUAUCAGAGCAUUCAAUCGGGUGGCUCUGGUUCAUUUGGCCCUGGCCUUGCUUCAUUAGCCAACUUUCCCGGUGUACCAAUGCGUGGCUCGGGCACAAGUACAGCUUUAGUUGGUUUUAAUGCUACACGUCAACGUGAAAAACGCGAUUUGGAACAAUUGAAUGAUAAGUUUGCACAAUACGUGGAAAAAGUGCGAUUUUUAGAAGCACAGAAUAAAAAACUAGGCUUAGAACUUGAUGAAUUACGUAAACGUUCCGGGCAAGGUUCAUCGCGUAUCAAGGAAAUGUACGACAUUGAAAUUGACGAAGCCAACAGAUUGAUUGCUGCAACCAAGAAAGAUGCUGCUGAUGCCAAUGGUAAGACUCAACAAGCUGAACAGGAACUCAAACGACAAAAAGCCCGAUACAACGACGUAUCUGGUGCACGAGAAGCCGACCGAAAAGAGGUUGAUGCUCUCCAACGACAAAUCGCUGAGAAUGAAGCACAAAUCAACUUAUUUCGUCGUCGUAUGGCUGAUCUUGAAGAUGAAGCACGCCGGUACAAAGGUGAAGGUCAAAGAUUAGGCGCAGAAAUUUCUCGUCUUCAAAAUGAGAUUCAAAACCAGAGAUUUCUGAAAUCAUCAUGCGAAGUCGAAAAAUUAGCUCUCGAGGACGAAUUAACGUCAUUGAAACAUACGCAUGAAACUGUUCUGGCUGACCUUCGCUCGAAAAGUGUUUCGAAUGAUCUCGAUCCCUCACAGUUCUUUCGUAAUGAACUGGCGCAAGCCAUUCGUGAGAUUCGUAAUGAUUAUGAAAAUGUGGUCGAGAAUCAACGAAAUGAUAUGCAAAAUCGCUACUCAUUGCUGUACAAUGAACUUGUCAUUCGUCAACAGCGACCUGACGGAAAUAUUCAAAACGAGCAACAACGACGACAGGAAGAACGCUUGCGCUCAGAAAUUUCUCAAACUCAAACUCAACACGGUUACCUUCGUGCUGAAAACGAAAACAUGAAAAAUCGUAUUGGAGAGUUACAACGAAAAUUGAAUCUAGCACGUGAAGAGGCUAGCGCAGCACAAGCCAAACGUGAUCGAGAUCUUGAAGAAACACGUCGCCGAUUAGAACGAGCUAAUAACGACUUCAAUGAAGUCUCCAAUUUGAAAACUUCACUAGAAAAAGAAAUUAGCACAUAUCGAGAAUUACUUGAAAGUCAAAACGGUUUACGUGGCUAUGUUGAUCGAAUUGUACAAAGCGCUGAACAACAAGCACUUGAUCGCCCAUCCAGUGCACGACCUAUUACAGGAGGUUCGACAAGCAUCACCCGCACUCACAUCAAUACUAUUGGAUCAAACUACAGUUCAGGAAGUGCAGGAAGCUUUGGUGGAAUCAAUAGUUUGGCCUCUCAAUCCCUUCGACCAUCUUCGGCAGGCUAUCAAACGAUUUCAAGUGGUAUUCGAACUACCUUACGUGACAGUGCUUUUAGUGAUGCUCAUACACGCAACAGUGGUGACUUCUAA